AUGACUCAGUCAGUUAACGCGAAAUUACAAACAAUCGGACUGAUCAAUAUUAUUGGUCAUAACCUCGUUUGUUUUUGCUCAUUCACAAUGGCUAUGCGAAGAUUGCAACAAGAUUUUCGACAAUUAUUGAAAAAUAAAGUCGAAGGUAUCGAUGCUAGUCCCUCUGCAGAUAAUCUUUUCAUCUGGAAUGCGAUUAUUUGUGGACCAGAAGAUAGUAUCUAUGAAUCGGGUGUGUUUCAACUUCAAUUAAUCUUCCCAGAAGAUUAUCCCCUUCGUCCACCACAAGCUCGUUUCGUGACAAAGGUCUUUCAUCCGAAUGUUUGGUGGGAAGAUGGUCGUAUUUGUGUUGAUAUACUCAAAGAUGGCUGGACACCGUCCUAUGAUAUUUUAGCUAUUCUUCAUUCCAUUCGUCUUCUCCUAAUCGAUCCAAAUCCACUCAGUCCUGCUAAUUUAGAAGCCGCACUUUUAUUUCGAGAUAAUCGAGCAGAAUACAAUCGUCGUGUAACAGAACUGAUACAGGAUGCACUUGAUGCCGAUGAGGAUGAAGAAGAAGACAAAGACGAAGAAGCUGUUGCUGAUGAUGUUGAAAAUGAUCGCGAUGACGAUAACACAAAUGAGGUUGCUGCUGGACUUUCUCAAACUGAUGACGGUGAUCUUCUUCGCGAAAAAGCAAUCAUUCAUCGUCAGAGUAUCACUGAAUGA